GCUGGGUGCCUCGAAGCCAGGCUGUGCCCGCAGCAGCUCCUGUGCGCGGUGCCUGCGGGCCGGUCCCUGUGCCCGGGGCACCCCUUGGCAUCACCCUGGAGCCCAGAGCAGGACGGAGCCAGCAGCGGCGCUGCCACCGGCCGGGGAGGGCUGCGGACCGCGCUGCGGGGCCGGAGAUGAUGGGCUGAGCAUCCGUCACAGAGGCACCCCAGGGCCAUGAGCUCUCCGUGCGGUCCUGACUCCGAUAUCGCAGACUGGCUGGCCACCAUCCACUUGGAGAGGUACCGGGAUGUCUUCAAGCAGCAUGGGUACCAUGUGGCCAGAGAUGCUGCCUCACUGGACAGUGACCGCCUGCAGCAGCUCGGCAUCACCGCCACUGGGCACCGCAAAAGGAUCCUGAACUUGGUGCAGCAGACACGGGUGCUCAGUCAGUCCUGGAGAGGCCCCGCAGCAGAAGACGCCCAUUUCCAAGCCAUUGAGGGCCUGGAUGUCCCCCAGGCAGGCAAGGAUGCCAUGAAAACAGAGCCAGGAGGGGCCACUGACGCCUUGGGGACGCAGCAGCUCGCGGCUGUGCCCACCCAGGCAUCCCCUGUAGACAAGGACCCUGCUCCUCCCCUCGUGAAGCCUGUUCCCAAGCCGAGGACGGUUUUCCCUCGCUCCAAGCCGGAGCAGAGCUCAGCGCCUGCGCCGCCCGCACGCCCCACGGUGCCGGUGCACACACACAGAGACAGGGCCUCUGCAGCCUUUGUGGUGCUGGAGGGGUUUGUGCCGGGGGAGAGCUCCACGGAUCUGGAGAGCCCGGAGCCCCGGCCAGCACAGCCGGUUGGGGCAGGGGCAGCUGUGGCCAUGGGCAUGGGGUUAUCCCAGCUGCGGAUGCGGGACAGUGCUCGCACGGGGAAAUGGUCCCCACCAGCUCUGGAUCAUGGACAAACCCUAGAGGCAUCAGAGAAAUCCCCCCUGUCCAUCCCGUCUGUCCCACCACGGCACAGCCACAGGGUCCCAGCAGCAGAGACCGGCACUGGUUGUGUUCCAGAGGGUCACCCUGCAUCCAUCCCAGCCAGGAGAGAGCCCUCGCCGUGCCCCAGACCAGCACCACAGCACACCUCAGCGUGCCCCAGACCAGCCCCACAGCACACCUCAGCACAGGGCAGGAUGGAGAUGGUGUCCAACGUCAUCUAUGAAGGACUCAAGCGCCUGUCAGCACCCACUGAGGACUCAGGAGGACAGGAGGGUCCCCAGGGCCAGGCUCAGCCCCCAGCUCUGUCCCCACAGGAGCUGACCCAGCCGGACAAGCCUGACAGCCCCGGAUUGCCCCCUGUCCCACAGAGACCCACCAGCACAUCAGAGGUCAGUGAGCAGCUCGUCAGCCCCUACAGUGAGACCAUCUUUGGGCACAUAGCCCCAUCACGGGAGCAGAAGGGUACUGGCAUCUCCUCCGAUCAGAGCUGCGAGGCCGUGUCCGAGCCAGACCUGGAGCGAGAUGCAUGCAGGACAAGCAGUGAGAGCAGCAGUGAGGGAAGGAGUGAGGAAGAGGAGACCCGGUCCCGGCUCAUUGACCGCAUCAUCCAGAAUGACACGGAGGGAUACUCCACUGUGGAGGCACCGCGGGCCGAGGACACCCCGUUCAUCCUGCCUGCACAUCUCUACAUGGAUGAGGUCCUGGACGAUCUCACCAUCUCCCCUUAUGCCAGCUUCACGUCACUGUCUGAGCCCCGGCCCACCAUGCUCAGUGGAUGGCUGGACAAGCUCUCCCCACAGGGGAACUAUGUCUUCCAGAGGCGCUAUGUCCGUUUCGAUGGGAAGAACUUGAUGUACUUCAGCAGUGAGAAGGAGCCCUACCCCAAGGGGGUGAUCCCGCUGUCUGUCAUUGAGAUGGCUCGCUGCACCAAGGACAACAAGUUCCAGGUCAUCACCAGCCACCGGAUCUUUGUCUUCCGUGCUGAGAAUGAGGCCCAGAGGAAUGAGUGGUGCUCCACGCUGCAGAAGAAGGUGACGGAGCAGCGCCUGGUGGGGUCCCGGCCCCGGCCCAUCAACACCGCCCACUGCCAGAAAUCAGGAACCCUGGAGCUGAAGGGACAGAAGUCCAAGGUGUUUGCAACCCUGAGCCUGCCUGAGAUGUGGCUGUACAAGAGCGAGCAGUUCUUUAAAAUGGGCAUCGGCAUCUGCGUGAUUGAGAUGCGUGGCUGCACCAUUCGCGAAGCCAAGAACCGCAGCUUCGAGCUCAUCACCCCCUCCAAGAUAUUCAGCUUUGUGGCGGAGUCGGAGCGGGAUAAGAGGGAGUGGAUGGAGGCCCUGCAGGAGGCCAUAGCUGAGAUGCUCUAUGACUACGAGGUGGCAGAGAAGAUCUGGUCCAACAAAGCUAACAAACACUGUGCGGACUGCUGGGCUCCAAGCCCCGACUGGGCAUCCAUCAACCUGUGUGUGGUCAUCUGCAAGCAGUGUGCAGGGCAGCACCGCAGUCUGGGCUCCAACAUCUCCAAAGUGCAAAGCCUGAAGCUUGACACCAGUGUCUGGUCCAACGAAAUCGUACAGCUCUUUAUCAUGCUGGGAAACGACCGAGCCAACCGGUUUUGGGCUGCUCGCCUCCCCGCUGCUGAGGCCCUGCACCCAGAUGCCAGCGCUGAGCAGAGACGGGACUUCAUCUCCCGCAAGUACCGAGAGGGACGGUACCGCCUGCCCCAUCCCCACUACACCACACAGGAGGACGUGCUCCAGGCACUGUGCACUGCAGUGACAGGACCAGCUCUGCUCAAGACCGUCCUGCAGUUCUUCUCAUCCACGGAGGCUGGGCUGGCGGCUGACCCUGCUGCCUGUGAGGUGGCACUGGAGAGGAAAAGGCUCAGGAACCAUUCAGGGACCACCCGCACACAGGAACCAGGUCCGGAGGGUGUCUACAACGAGAUCACGCAGCCAGUGGCACACAGUGGGUACCUGUACCGGGCCACAGCCGCACACAAGCUCCCGGGCACCAAGAAGAGCAAAGAGGACUUCCAGCGCACGUGGUGCUCCCUGGAGAGAGCCCUGCUCUUCUUCGAGACAGAGAAAUGCACAGAGCCCCUGGGCCACAUCGAGAGCGGGGACCUCCUGUCCAUGGGCGUGAGCAGAGCUCAGGCAGUCACCAGCCCUGGCCCCACUGAAAGGUUCCGCUUCACCCUCGAGCUCUUCCUCACUGGGGAGAAAGUGCAGCAGCUGGGAACUGAUGGGCCUGAGACACUGCAAGCAUGGGCCAGUGCCAUUGGCAAGUGGUUCACCCCCAUGAGCUGUCACUGCCUGCUGGGCUACGAGUUCCAGCGUGUGGGCCAGCUGCGCUACAAGUGCAUGCUCAACCCCGAGCGGUGGCAGCAGGCCUUCUUCAUCCUGCAGAAAGCCCACCUCUUCAUCUGCCCCACUGAGGACGACGGGGCUGAGGACAGCAUCAACCUGCGGCGGCUGCAGGAGCUCAGUCUGGUUCCCCCCAUGGAGACUCCAGAGAAGAAGGAGCUGCUGAUCCUGGUGGAGAUGGGGAGGACAUUUUACCUGCAGGGCUUGUCGCGGGCAGACUCAGCAGCAUGGUACAGUGACAUCCAGGCAUCGGCAGGGGGCCGGGGCAACGCACUGCGGGACCAGCAGCUGAGCCGGGCAGACAUCCCCAUCAUCGUGGAUAGCUGCAUUGCCUUCAUCACGCAGUAUGGGCUGAGGCAUGAGGGGAUUUACCGCAAGAAUGGAGCCAAGUCCCGGAUCAAGGUACUGAUGGAGGAGUUCCGGCGGGAUGCCCGCAAUGUCAAGCUGCGCAUCAGUGACAACUUCAUUGAGGACGUCACGGACGUGCUGAAGAGGUUCUUCCGAGAGCUGGAAGAUCCUGUCUUCACCCUGGAGCUGCACCCACAGUGGAAGGAGGCUGCAGCAAUACCCUCAAAGCCCCAGCGCCUGGAGCGGUACAAGGAGCUCAUUCAGCGCCUGCCUCGCCUCAACCACAAGACCCUGGCUGCGCUCAUUGGGCACCUUUACCGGGUGCAGAAAUGUGCAGACCUCAACCAGAUGAGCACCAAGAACCUGUCGCUUCUCUUCGCACCCAGCCUCUUCCAAACCGAUGGUAAAGGGGAGCACGAGGUCAAGGUGAUGGAAGACCUCAUUGACAACUAUGUCAGCAUCUUCAAUAUUGACGAGGACCAGGUAUCCCAGAUGGAUCUGGAGAACAGUCUGAUCACCACCUGGAAGGACACUCAGCUCUCACAGGCAGGGGACCUCAUCAUCGAGGUUUACCUGGAGCAGAAGCUGCCUGACUGCUGCGUGACCCUGAAGGUGUCCCCCACGAUGACAGCAGAGGAGCUCACCAACCAUGUGCUGGAGAUGCGCAAUGUGGCAGCCAGCCUGGACAUCUGGCUGACCUUCGAGGCCCUGGAGAAUGGGGAGCUGGAGCGGCCCCUGCACCCCAAGGAGAAGGUGCUGGAGCAAGCUUUGCAGUGGUGCAAGCUGCCGGAGCCCAGCACUGCAUACCUGCUGGUGAAGAAGGUCCCCAUCGGUGAGGGCAGCUGCCUCUUCACAGGCGUCAAGCGCGAGACCCCCAAGUGUGGGCUGCUGAAGUGCCGUGAGGAGCCCCCCAAGCUGCUGGGGAGCAAGUUUCAGGAGCGCUACUUCGUCAUCCGGGAUCGGAGGCUGCUGCUGCUCAAGGAGAAGAGGAGUGCCAAACCAGAGCGUGAGUGGCCCCUGGAUGCAGCCAAGGUUUACAUGGGCAUUAGGAAGAAGCUGAAGCCACCAGCCCAGUGGGGUUUCACACUGACCCUGGACAAGCAGCAGCUGUACCUGGUGUGCUCGGGGCAGGCUGAGCUGUGGGACUGGACCACCAGCAUCCUCAAGGCUCAGCACGAUGACCUGCGCCCCGUGAUCCUGCGCCGGCGCUCCUCCUCUGACCUCGCCAAGCAGAAGUUCGGCACCAUGCCGCUGGUGCCGCUGCACGGGGACAGCACCGAUGCCACCAUGCUCUCUGCCAACCAGACCCUGCGUCGCCUGCACACGAGAAGGACUUUGUCCAUGUUCUUUCCCAUGAAGGUUCACCAGAACUCCCUGGACGAGCAGCAGGAGAAGGAGGCAGAUGCUGAUCCUGUCUAUGAGGAGGUGGGCAACUUCCCCGAGCUGGCCACGCUGGAGCUGGGGCAGGGGCUGCUGGCAGACCUGUCGGCUGUGCCCUUCAUGGACAGCUCCAAAAAGCCAUCCCUGUUCCCUGAGCAUCCUCCAGCUGCAGCACUGAGGUCCUCACUGCCAGCCAGCCCGGCCCAAAGGGUGGCAGGUCCCUCUGUCACCAAAGCCCUGUCCCUCGAGAGGGGCUUGAACCUGGAGAGUGACAGAGCUCCAGGCCAGGGGCUCAGACACACCAAAACAGCCUCUCUGGAGAGGAACAUGGAGCCUUCCCUGGCACUGGGCAGGGACUGGGAGCAGGCAGCCACACCAGGGAGCAGUCCCAGUGCAGAUACCACCGUGGAGAUGCCAAGGAAGAGGAGCAUUCAGCCUCCUUCACCCAUCAACGACAAACUCAUCCAGGAGCUCAGCAGUGUCAUCCUCAGGAAGAAUGAGGGCCAGCCACCAGGGCCGGGCCAGCCGGUGACAUGACUUACUGUGCCAAAGGGGUGGCCACCGACCUGGGGGUCAAGUAGUGCCCAGCAGCAGUGACAAUGGGUACCCCACACUCCUACAGCAUGGAGCAUGCACCCUCUUCCUCCUCCUCCUCACCUGGGAGUGGGGACCAGUGGGGACUAGUGGGAACCAGAGGACUAGUGGGGACAAGGAUGCUGAGCCAUGGUACCCCCUCUUGGGAGGGCUGGGGAUGCUGCCCCAUGUGCUCUCCCUCCUGGGUGGCAUAUCUGUCACUGGGCCCAGCACCAUGGGAAGCAAGUAAAAGGGAAAAUAAAAGCAGAAACAUGGAACCCACAUGUUUCAGCAGCAUCCGCAGUGUCAGGCACAGGGCACAUGGUGCCUGCUGGCAUGGGGGAGCACAGCAUUUGGCCCAUGGGACACGUCAGGACAACCAACCCACCCCCCAGUUCCCUUCUUGCCUCUAGCAUGGCAUAUUUGUGGGGGGAGAAGGGUCAUCAAUGGGAGCAGGGCUGGCCGUGUGUGCCUGGAGCGUAGUCCUGGCGAUGGAGGACAGCUCCUGCUCAGCCAGGGUAUUUAUACCUCUUCCUUCCAGCAGCAGGGAGAAAUAAAGGUUUAUUUGUACUCUGGA